UUUUUCCUCUGUUCCUCACACGGCAAAUGACGUCAUCUUUUUCUAAAUAAAGUGAACGUUUGCUAUAAACCUAAAAAACUUUAAUUUAAACUAAGUUAAUUAAGUUAUUCCAUAAUAUUAUUAGUUUAUCAUGGCAGAUCCAAAAUACGAGAAUCUCCCAGGCAUAGCGUACGAUCAGCCCGAUGUUUAUGAAACGGGUGAUUUACCCGAGGCGGAUCAACCGGAGCCCUACGAAGAAGAAGAAAAUGAAUACAUCGAGCAACUACAUCUUUCUGUGAAGGAUUCAUUUAACAAGUUCAAAGGAAAAUUUCUCACAGGAAACGUUGAUUUUUCGGAUCGGUUAAGUAGGAAAACUCGCAUAGGUUACAGGGCUGGUGAAUGGGAGCUCGCUGCAGCGGGUGAACCUGAGUCAACUAUAGAACGAUACAACAGAUUGCGGUGUGAGUUCUCUGAACUGCUGGAACAGGUUACUGAGCAGCAGAACAAGGCCACUGAAAGUGAAAAGGAUGAACAUUCUAAGCUGGCGGUACAGAUCAACACAACUAAGAAACUUCUGGAAGAACUAAAACUUGAAGAAGGAGAGCUAAUUGAUCCAAAAGCUGAAAAAUUAAAAGAAUAUCUUAGUGCAAAUGGUAAAAAGAAACAAGGGGAGCUAGUCACCGCGCGCCUCAAGCUAAAACCAGAAGUUAACUUGGCACAGACUGCGAGAAUAGCACAGCUUGAACAUAGGUUACAUAAACUGGAACAAGCGGCUGGUGUCAGAGAUGAAGAGGCAUUUCGAAGACUCCAAGCUGCCACUGGAGAGGCAACCCUGUGCGGCGCAGCGGCAUCUCUCGCUAACCAAGCCACACUGUUGCGACCGGCAGAUUUAGCGGCCGCUGAAGCGAGGGUCACCUCUCUCCUCACUAAUGUUGAGGCUCUGAAGGCCGCCGUCCAACCUGCGGACCCUGAAGUUGAAGCCAAGGUGAAGGAAUUGUACAAACUAUUAAUACAAAUAGAUGGUGUAUCGCAUUCCGAAAUUUUGGAGCGAAUGGAGGCGCUCGAAGCUCUUCAUAAUCAAGCUAGCAACUUUGGCAAGUCCCUAACAGAACUAGAAACCUUACAGAGCACCAUAUCAAGUGGUGUUCAAAACAACAAGGAAUUACUUCAAGGUGUUCAAGAGGUCUUCGCUCACAACAUAGACAGCCUACAGAAAGAAAUUAAGAAGUUAGACGAAAGGAUCGCGAAACUUGCUUCAGCGUGAUGAUACAGAUUAUAUUAGGCGCGCUUUAAAUUUUUACUUUACUCUCAGGGUUGCUAUUUAAAAAAUAUAAGCACAGAUUAUACACUUGCUAGAUAUAAAAUGAAAUUGUAAUAAACAGAUUCUCAGUAUAGUAAAAUAAAAAAUAUUAGCAAUUUUGUGUCAUAAUCUAUUCAUACUGCUUGAAUCUACAAUUCUUUAUUUCUAGUUAAUUCAAAGAUGUUUCGUUGUAAUUUUAUUCCAGAGAAUUCGAAAAUUGAUAUAUUUUUCUGUUUUACUACCUAACUUGUAAUCACAAUCACACAUUACCAAGUGACUAACUACAAUUUUCAUAAUAUUAAAUACGAAUUAAUUUUCCUAUAAUUGAAUAUAAUUACAGUAUAUUCGAUAGCUAGGUUUAGGUACAUAGACUGCUUGAUUAAUUUAUUUAAAAAUAAAGCAAUUAUAUAGCAA